UGAGAGAAAAAGCAGCUACACGUGAUGCAUAUGCCGAGCCGGAUCCAGGAGGCUAGCAUGCAGUCUGUGCCUUUUUUCAGAUGGCUGUUGUUUAUGUGAAGAGCUGAAAAGAUGAGUUGAGAUUUCUGCUGCUCGGGAACAGCAGUGGGCUAGAGCCAUGGGGCUCUGGGCAGACUCCUCCUUCCUGGAAAAAAGUGUGUAUGAAGGAGGGGCGCUGCAAAAGAGAGGCACACACACACACACACACACACACACAUAAUGAAGGGCAAAAAAGGAUACAAGAAGAGGCUGUGUAACCUGUCCUGGGCAAAAGAAGAAAUGGAUGGUGUUUGGUGUAAUCAGGCUUCCAGGGAAAUUUGGGGAGAGUACCAAGAUGAGAAAAUCCAAAGUACCGUGGUGCCGAACUUCUGACUGAAUCAGCUCUCAGCCUGGUUAUUUCUACAAAUCAAAGUGCACAUUACUACCAAGUCUGCGAUGACCGUAUUUAUAGGCGUUCCAAAAACUUCAGAAGAGUUCGCUUUGGUGAAAUCUUGGGCUGGAAUCGAUGUUCAUGCAUGACAGAUUUGCUGGAGUGUGACAGCGUGUUGAACACUUCUCGAUCAGCAUGGGAAACCUACUUCAGUGCUGUCUCAGGCAUUUGUUCCGCUGUAAGGACGUUCCUGAGCGAAUCGAAGAGCAAUCUCCGCUCUUGUCAAGAGAGAAUAGUGAUGUUGAAAGCCUCUCUCCAUCAACGUCUGACAUGUUGGCAUCUCCUGUCCUGGAUCAGGACCACCUCCUUUACCCUGACAUUGUCCUUAGCAGUAGUCACCGAGCAAACCUGGACAUGGCUGACGUCUCACAGCAGGUAGAGCUUGUUUUACCAGAGAGAGGACAAAACAAAAAGCAGACUAGUGUAAAAGAGGAUUUUCAAGAAGACGAAAUGCCAAGCACAAGAAUCAGUCAACGGGAAUUUCACUAUUUGGACCGAAAUCAGCUAUGCACCACGGAGAACGAAUGGCCCUUACUAUCAGCCUUGCGUUCAUGGCCAUCAGAGCAAUCGAAUGCUUCAAAUUUAGUUUCUCACACCUUUAUCUACACACACGGACAGGAAACCAGGUAUUGGCAGGAUUCCUCUUGUCAAGGAGUGCAGUUCUUAGCACAGAGAAAUCAAGCAAGCCAUCAACAAGUUUUUUCAGAGUCCACAUCCCCUGGUACCUUCAGGACACCUUCAUCUGACAGCCAAGCAAAAGGAUCUUCAGAGACUGAGACUGACAUCAUUGGAGUAAAUGAAAGUGGAAUUCAAGACGAGGACAAAGAAGGAACUCUGGGAAAAGAAACAGAACAAAUGGAGCUAAACAUGGUACACCGAGACCAGAACGGAGCACAACUGGGACAGGAAGUUGCACAGAGAGCAAAUUACGUUCUCAGCAAUGUAGCCGAGUGUGAACAAAGUGCUGUAUGUUCAGAUGCAAAUGCAGCACAGAGAGGUGUAGCAAAAAUGAACCUCAAUGAAAGCAACCAAACAAAACAUUCUCCGGUCCAAUCAGGACAAACAGAAGCACAACAUAGACCAAGCACAGCACAGACGGAGGAAAAAAGGCAGGAUACUGUUAUUCUGAUUAGUCAAAAUGAAGAAAACAAAGAGUUAGCGGUUAGACUUCAGACAGACCAGGAUAUCGAGAGAAACCAGGAAGAGAUGGCACAGAACCCAGAGCUUAUGCUGGAACUGGACUCCAUUCAGACAGAAGGGGAUGCUACAGAGAUCACUAAGACUUCAACACAGCACAUACCUGGGAAUGAAGCUAAGUUUGCAUCAAAUAUACAAGGUGUAGUAAAGUUCAGAACUCUUAAUGAGGAACAAAACGGGGAGAGGUCUGAAGACAAGGAUCAAGACAAAAUAGGUCCAAAUUUGUACCAAAGACCAGUGAAAAAUGAACAGUUUACCCUGUUUGUGGUUGAUAAACUGUUCCUGGCCACCCCAAAUAUAGCAGGGCAAAGUCCAAAUAACAUGCUCAGUGACCAAACAGAGAUUUCAGAGCUAAACAGAUACAGGGACAAGGAACUCCAGGAGGAUCCUGAUUCUGUAGAUUUAGACCCCACUGAGGACACAGGGUUAACUAUCAGGAUCCAGGCCCCUGGGACCGAGGCCACCGAUUUCCAGGCAUCUCCAUUAGCAAUGGUGCAGGAAAUCAAGCAAGUGUUGAUGGACCGUGAGGAGACCUGUUAUCGUACCUGUUUCUCCUUGCAGUUAGAUGGGAAUACACUGGACAACUUCUCUAAUCUGAAGGCCAUUAGUGGCCUGCAAGAGGGCUCGCUUUUGAAGAUAGUGGAAGAGCCAUACACAGUUCGAGAAGUUCGUUUACACCUUCGUCACAUCAGAGACCUGCUGAAAAGCUUGGACCUCACAGACGCCUAUAAUGGCAUCGAGGGAAGCUCUUUGUCCUUCCUUAGGUUCUUCACUGAAGAUCGUAUUGAAGGUGAGAUGCAACAGAAAGAAAAAGCUGAAGAUGUGAUGCAAUUCAAUUGUAGCCCUCCUGAGUACAUUCUUCCAGGGACUAAGGAAUGUUUACUGGGACCCCUGCAGCCUCAAAGUGAGAACUUAAAGUCCAUCGAAUGCCUGAAGGUGCUGAUGACCAGCAACUGGAACCCUCCUCCAGGAAACAGAAAAAUACAUGGUGAUCUCAUGUACCUCAAUGUCCUUACCAUGGAGGACAGACAAUUCAGCAUUACAGCAUCAACACGAGGUUUUUACUUGAAUCAAUCUACCACUUACAAUUUUAACCCGAAGCCAGAAAAUCCCAGUAUGCUUAGUCAUUCCUUAGUGGAGCUUCUGAAUCAGAUCAGUCCAGUAUUUAAAAAGAACUUCAGUCUUUUACUCAAGAGAAGAAUAUCGACACACCCCUUUGAGAGAAUAGGUACACCAUUACAGGUGUUUAGCUGGACUGCUCCAACUCUCGACCAUUCCAUGGACUGUGUUCGAGCUGAAGAGGCCAGCUCUUCCCAACUGUACUAUGAAGGACAUGUGCCUGGACAGGUUUGUGACUGGAAUGAAGAGCUUCAGAGCACUAGAGAGCUACCGAGUCAGAGCCUCAGAGAUCGCCUGCUGAGAGACAGAGCAAUCUUCAAGGUUAACAGUGAUUUUGUGAGCACUGCUACACGAGGUGCAAUGGCAGUAGUCGAUGGCAAUGUGAUGCCCAUCAACCCCAGUGAGGAACCACACAAUCACAUGUAUGUGUGGAACAAUAUCUUCUUUAGCUUAGGCGUAGACGGACAUGAACAGUAUAAAGAGGUAGGUGGCGAGGCUGCAGCCUAUGUCGCCUCAGCCAUUGACCUGAAUGGUGUGAGAGCAUACAGUGCACUGGAUACAGAUGGCCUAUACGUGCUUGGUACAGUACUGGUGGAUUAUCGAGGUUACCGUAUCACUGCACAGUCGAUUGUCCCUGGAAUUCUUGAAUGUGACCAGGAACAGAGUGUGAUCUACGGUUCCACUGACUUCGGAAAGACUGUUGUCUCUAACGAACAGUUCCUAAAGUUACUGGAAAAACCCAGCAAGCAUCUGAGAGUGCAGCGGCACUUUGUGCUUAACAAAGACGACUCCGCUGUAGAGUUGUGUUCCUCAGUGGAAUGCAAGGGCAUCGUGGGUAACGAUGGCCGUCAUUACAUUCUCGACCUGCUGUUCACAUUUCCCCCUGACCUCAAUUUCUUGCCUGUGGAAGGGGAGGAACUAAACACCGAGUGCCAACAACUAGGUUUCCCAAUGCAACACCGACAUCGCCUGGUCUGUCUGAGACAAGAGCUAAUUGAGGCAUUUGUGAAGUAUAGGCAUCAAUUAUACAUGAGUACCGAAUCUCAAAGCCUUGAUCAAGAAAGCAACAGAAUAAGAGAUGUUGAAUUACCAGACAGUCCAGAGGAAGAUGCUUUGGAUCCAACACCGGAUGUUUCCAGCAAGCAUGUAGAUAUUGACAAGAACAAUUCUCUCCAUCGGUCUAUGCAUUCGUCCUCUUCUGAUAUUCGUUUCAACCCUGACAUUUUCUCACCAGGUGUUCGAUUCCCGAAAGAAUGUUUGCAAGAUAUCCAGGAACAGAAACAACUUUUAAAGGAUACGGCAGCUUUCCUUGUGUCAACCCAAAUCCCAAACUUAAUUAAGAGCUGUGUCGAUCAUACCACAAUGCCGAUGGAUGGUUUGACCUUAACUGAGGCUCUCCAUCAAAAUGGUAUCAACAUCCGGUACCUGGGAAUAGUACUGGAGUUUAUUGAGAAAAGUCCUCAGAAGACAAAACUGGACCAUGUUUAUAGAAUUGCACUAUGUGAGUUGAUCACUAGAUGUGCAAAACAUACGUUCAGGACCUAUUUGUUAGCUGUAGAGUCAUCUUCCCUGUCUGUCUCAGUCAGCCAUUUCCUCAACUGCUUCCUCAGCUCCUCGCCGGAGGUUCUGGGGACCCAGCAGAUGGACAGAUUGUCAUCCAAGCGCAGGAGUCGGCGGAGGCGGAGUCGUGGCUCUUCAAGUGGCAAAGUGCCAAGUGUAGGAGGCGCAUUAACCAGCCUGACCUCCAGUGAACUCUGGAGGACUAUCCAGGCUGAGGCUCAGGAGUAUUAUCACUACAGCCUGCCGUGUGACAGUAUAGAGCAGGCGGUGGACAAAUGUGGUUUACAAAGAAUCACCCUGCUCAGAGAGAUCUGUAUCAAAACAGGCAUCCAGAUUCAUAUCAGAGAGUAUCAGUUUGAUGGCAAGCAAAGGCCGGCGUUUAGCGAGGAGGACAUCUUGAACAUUUUCCCCGUUAUAAAGCACGUCAUCCCGAAAGCUAAUGAUGGGAUUUAUUUUCUGCACUGCGGCCAAGCCAGCAUCCAGCAGGGAAACCUGAAAGAAGGUUGUGAGCUAAUCAGCCAAGCAUUAAGCUUGUUCACUAAUGUUUAUGGGGCUCUGCACCAGGAUGUCUGCAUCUGUCUGCGUCUGCUGGGACGCAUUUAUUACAUACUCGGAGACUAUGCUGAGGCACUGAGUCACCAGCAGAAAGCUGUAC